AUGGCGGGAACACUACGUCGCUUCUUUACGUCCGUGUCUACGUCUGGAGCAUUUGCAUUUAUUCGUAGUGAUACGGAAUUAUUACGUACUUGUCAGACUUUAUAUGAUGAGAUUUUACCAUGUUCUACAGGUUGUAAUUGUAUGAAUGAAAGCAAUGCACAUAGUGGAGAGAAUGAACCUGAUCAGAUUUGGGCUUUAGUCGCUAUUGUAGCGACUAAAAUGACACAAGAGAUUGCGAAUGAAGCACAUUGGAAAGAUACUCACGUUAUGGAGUCGAGAGAUACAAAAGGAAGGAGAAUCGAGUGGCAUUUAGUGCAAUUAUUAGCUGAAGCAGGUGUUGGAUUACAGGAAUUUUUACUCUAUUUUACCAGUCUAUUUAAUCGAUUGCUAUUGAAACCAGAGCUAUUACGAGCUACGACGUUGAUAAAGGAAGAAUUUACGAUUGGGACAUUGUUAUUUGAAAAGUAUUGGAUGUUAUUCAAGAGAUUUACAGAUGAAAAUGAAGAGAGAAAGAGGAGAAAGAGGAAGAAGAAGAAGGACGAGGAGGUACCGACAGUAGGUACUGUAGAUCCAGAACCUGAAGUCUCAAUUGCAAUGAUUCAAGAAGAAGAGAAGAAGAAGAUGAUGGAGGAGAAGGAGGAAGGAAUCUCGACACGUGAUUGGAAAGUAUUGAAAGGUGGUUGGUUGAUCUUCUUACUGGCAAAAAGAAGAUUGGGAAAUGACUAUUCCGGACUUGGACAAUUGUAUCAUUUAUUGCUAGCAACCCUGCAUUUCGUACUUGUUCAUGAUCAAGUAUCACAUGUGACAGUUGAGGCAGAAGUAGCUGCAGCAUUAAGUGCAAUGGGAGCUCUCGAACAAGGAAAAGCGUUACCAGUUGAGGAUCGAGUGGAAGUGAGAAGCAGUGCAGAAAUUCUAGAAGCUCUUUGUGCCGUGCCAAAAGUCGAUAUAGCGGAUGUCUUGCGUGCUUUAAAACACUUGGAACUUGUACUACAACAACUGAGAGAAGAGAAUGUUUUGCGGAACGAGGGAGGCAAACACAUGAUGUGGAGUAAGACACUGUUUACGGACGCUGUGCUUGACGUGAACGUUGCACGGUUGUCAGAAAAAUACAAGGAAGACUACCUUGAUGGUUGUGGCAAAUUAGAUGAGCGCUUUUUUCUUGAUGCUCGCACCCGACGUGUUAUUAUGGGACUACAUCGAGCUGUACAAACGGAUAAUGGUGUUGGUGACUCCAAUCCGACCACAGCAUUGAGUGGCAGAUUGACCACUAGCCAAGAUACUACCACGCAUGCUAUGCUCUCUCCAGUGCGACGCAACAUAAUGGCUCGGCGACGAGAUAAUGUUUCUACCCCAGUGACGAGAGGAAUGAUAACACCACCUCGACAUCAACGGCAACCGUUUCAUGGUCGUGGAACAAACUCUCCGUUAAUGCAUUCGUGGCAAUGGCAAGGUUCACCAGGAAAUACGCGCUUUUUAGCGGCUAAUGCAAGUCCUCGCGCAUCGCCUAGCUUUAUGCGUACGCCAGUCACUUCGGCAGUGGAGACAAACAACUGGGUGCGUGAAACGUUGUCAAGCACAAUUUUGACGCCCGUGACACCGCAGCUUCGUCGGUUCUUCUCUAAUUGUGCUGUGGACCCAACAGAGCGAAUUGCGCGUGUUUUGCGUGACAACUCAGAAUUACUACUUGCAGCCCGGAAUACAGGCCGAGUUAUGUUGGGAAGCAUUCGUUCUAAAACGACGAUGGCCAUGAAAGACGGCCACGAUGACAACGCAAAUGAAAGCGGUAGUGCACGAAACGAAUUAUUUUCAUCUGGCGUCGAUGACAGUCUAAGACGGACGAAAAACUUGACUGUAGUUCUCUUCUACCGAGUCCUAGAGCCAUUAUUGCUGUCAGAGCGCGAGCGACUACGCAACAACGACUUCUCGAAGCUGCUAAACAACGAAGUGUUUCUCGCGGCGCUGUUCGCAUGUAGCGCUGAGGUGGUGCUCAAAGCGCACUCGCUCAUUACAAUUUCGUACCCGUUCUUGCUCGAGCAUUUGCACGUGAAUGCCUUUCACUUUGUUACCACAAGCGAAAGCUUUGUCAAGUACGCGCCAAACCUGCCUUCAGCCUUGAAAAAGCACAUGAGCGAUGUCAAGAACCGAAUUCUGGACUCUCUCGUAUGGAAAUCCGAUUCUGCGCUUUAUCAACUUCUUCCUGGAGCUCAACAUCAUUCGACCUUUGGUCCUAGUACGCCCGUUUCAGCUGCAUCCCGGAGCUUGACCGAUCAUUUGAACGGGCGUUGCAGUGCUUCUACCGUUGGUGCAGUUAAUCAUGCACCUGUGCUUCGUCUUUUUUACCGGAUGGUGCUUUCUCGCGCAGCCUCCAGGAUUUACCAACUUGGCAUGACAUUGGGCUUGGACUCGACAGAUCAAAACCAAAUCUGGACUGCUGUAAAGGAGUGCAUUGUGUCGCACCUGUAUCUCUUGAGAGACCGUCACCUGGAUUUGAUUGUAUUGUGCAAUAUCUAUGCUGUGUGCAAAGUAUCGCGUGGCCCUAAUGUUUCUAAGGCGGCAGCCACCAUGUCUUUCAAGUGCUUGCUGGCAUGCUACAAACAGCUCAAUCGGCAAACGCCCACUGGCGUUAAUUUAGCUAGUGCAAGUCCGCUUGUUUCGUCGCGCAGCAGUGAAGGGGUGACGCACGGCAUUAUACUGGAUGACGAGAAUUCACGCGGCGACAUUAUCAAGUUUUAUAACCGGUGCUACAUAGCGCCCAUGAAGGUCUUCAUUCUGCAAUUUCAGUUCCAGGAGUCGCAAUUAGCUGCGGCUGAUGCUGUUGUUGCUGAGGCGUCAAGAACACCUCAGGUGCUGACGCCAGGCUUUACAUCUAGCAACGGUGCAAUGGGCUUAGCGGUGUCUACCUCCGAUGCUGAAAGUAUUGCCCAAGCAGCGUCAGAAGCCGUUCAGAAGCUUUGUCAAACGCAUUGCGAGUCUUCUAGCGCAACGAAUGACCGAAGCAGCGUGCUUCCCAGCACACCACAUCGUCCAAUUUGCCCUCAUGUGCGAUCAAUGCCAUUUGUUUCAUCGCCAGCUGUUUCAGCACUGCAGAUGUUCACGUCAGUUGAAGUACAAACGUUGCCUGUAUCAAUGUGCCAAACAUCCCCAAAGCGUGUCAAGUCUACAAAUGUCUUCAUGUCUCCAUUGCAACAAGUGCGUUUGGAUCGGCGCUCUCAAUUGACACCACGCUCUCAUGCGCUAUAUGCGAUUGGUGAGAGCCCUGCACGGGACCUUGCAUUGAUUAAUCGUGCAGUAAAUACAGCACCUGCUAAUUUGCGGCGUACUCGUGCCCCGAAUCUUGUCAUGGAAAGUGACACGGAGCAAGAAGGCACGAGUACGAGUUCAAGUGUCACUCCAGUUUGUAAGAGACAGAAGACAGUGUCGUCAUAG